CCUGGUGGAAGGACAGUUUGGGCGGAUGGGGGGAGGGGCGCCCGGCGCCCCACCUUCCCCUCCCCCCAGGGCGGCCCACCACCCACCCAGCCGGGGCCCCCGCCUCAGAUCGGCGCCGCAGUCUCCGGGCUUUGUUCGCUGCCCGCGCGGGUCGUAGGGAGCAGAGGCGGGCUGAGCUCCCAGGGGGAGGGGCGGUGCUGCUCAAUUCCCGCCCCUGGCCCGCCCCCACGCCGUCCGCCCUCCCACCUCCUCCCCCAAGCUGCGGUCCAGUUCUGUCCUGCCCCCUGAACGGUCCAGCCCGCGCGCUCUCCCGGCCGCCUUCCGCCGUUCUCGGCUGCGCCAUGGCCAGCCUGCGGCUGUGUUGCCCGGCCCCGCUGCUCCCACUGCUGUUGCUCAUGGUGGUGGCCGAGCGCACCCUGCCCGGCGCCAGCGGGACGUGCCCGGAGCGCGCCUUGGAGCGGCGCGAGGAGGAGGCGAAUGUGGUGCUCACCGGCACUGUGGAGGAGAUCCUCAACGUGGACCCGGUGCAACACACGUACUCGUGCAAGGUUCGAGUGUGGCGGUACUUGAAAGGCAAAGAUGUGGUGGCCCAGGAGAGUCUGCUAGAUGGUGGCAACAAGGUGGUGAUUGGUGGCUUCGGAGACCCCCUUAUCUGUGACAACCAGGUAUCCACUGGGGACACUAGAAUCUUUUUUGUGAACCCAGCACCACCCUACCUGUGGCCAGCCCACAAGAAUGAACUGAUGCUCAACUCCAGCCUUAUGCGGAUCACUUUGAGGAACCUGGAAGAGGUGGAGUUCUGUGUAGAAGACAAACCUGGAACCCACUUCACAGCAGCGCCUCCUAUGCCUCCUGAUGUAUGCAGGGGAAUGUUAUGUGGCUUUGGUGCUGUAUGUGAGCCCAGUGUCGAGGAUCCAGGCCAGGCCUCCUGCGUGUGCAAGAAGAAUGUCUGCCCCACUACUGUGGCUCCUGUGUGUGGCUCGGAUGCCUCCACCUAUAGCAAUGAGUGUGAGCUACAGCGCGCACAGUGCAACCAGCAACGGCGCAUUCGCCUGCUUCGCCAAGGACCAUGCGGGUCCCGGAACCCCUGUGCCAAUGUGACCUGCAGUUUCGGUAGUACCUGUGUACCCUCAGCCGAUGGACAGACUGCCUCAUGCCUGUGUCCCACUUCCUGCUUUGGGGCCCUUGAUGGGACUGUGUGUGGCAGUGAUGGUAUUGACUACCCUAGUGAGUGCCAGCUGCUACGCCAUGCUUGUGCCCGCCAGGAGCACAUUUUCAAGAAGUUUGAUGGCCCUUGUGACCCCUGCCAGGGCAGCUUGUCAGACCCAAACCACAUCUGCCGUGUGAACCCGCGUACACGGCUCCCAGAGAUGCUUCUGCGACCAGAGAGCUGCCCUGCCAAGCACACACCUAUCUGUGGAGAUGAUGGAGUCACCUAUGAAAAUGACUGUGUCAUGGGCCGUAUUGGUGCAACCCGUGGCCUGCUCCUCCAGAAAGUACGCUCUGGCCAGUGCCAGACUCGAGACCAGUGCCCAGAGACCUGCCAGUUCAACUCUGUAUGCCUGUCCCGCCGUGGCCGUCCUCACUGCUCCUGUGAUCGUGUCAUCUGUGAUGGGGCUUACAGGCCCGUGUGUGCUCAGGAUGGCCACACAUAUGACAAUGACUGCUGGCGCCAACAGGCUGAGUGUCGGCAACAGCAUGCCAUUCCCCCCAAGCACCAGGGCCCGUGUGACCAGACUCCAUCCCCAUGCCAUGGAAUGCAGUGUGCAUUUGGGGCAGUAUGCACAGUGAAGAACGGGGAAGCUGUGUGUGAGUGCCAGCAGGUGUGCUCCGGUAUCUAUGAUCCCGUGUGCGGCAGCGACAAUGUCACUUACGGCAGUGUGUGCGAGCUGGAAUCCAUGGCCUGUGCCCUCAGGAGGGAAAUCCGGGUGGCCCGCAGAGGACCCUGUGACCGAUGCGGGCAGUGCCGUUUUGGAUCCCUGUGCGAGAUGGAGACUGGACGCUGUGUGUGCCCCUCUGAGUGUGUGGCUUUAGCCCAGCCUGUAUGUGGUUCCGAUGGACACACCUAUGCUAGUGAAUGUGAGCUGCAUGUCCACGCCUGUACACACCAGAUCAGCUUACAUGUGGCCUCAGCCGGACAUUGCCAGACCUGUGGAGACACAGUUUGUGCCUUUGGGGCUGUGUGCUCAGCUGGACAGUGUGUGUGUCCCCGUUGUGAGCACCCCCCACCCGGCCCUGUGUGCGGCAGUGAUGGCGUCACCUACCCCAGUGCCUGUGAGCUACGAGAAGCUGCCUGUCAGCAGCAGGUACAAAUUGAAGAGGCCCGUGCAGGGCCAUGUGAGCAGGCUGAGUGUGGCUCAGGGGGCUCUGGUUCUGGGGAAGACAAUGAGUGUGAGCAGGAGCUGUGCCGGCAGCGUGGUGGUAUCUGGGAUGAGGACUCGGAGGAUGGGCCAUGUGUCUGCGACUUCAGCUGCCAGAGUGUUCUUAGAAGCCCAGUGUGUGGCUCAGAUGGGAUCACCUAUAACACUGAGUGUGACCUGAAGAAGGCCAGGUGUGAAUCACAGCAAGAACUGUAUGUUACUGCUCAGGGAGCCUGCCGUGGUCCUACCUUGGCUCCACUGCUACCUAUGGCCCUUCCCCACUGUGCCCAAACCCCCUAUGGCUGCUGCCAAGACAAUGUAACUGCUGCCCAGGGUGUAGGCUUCGCUGGCUGUCCCAGCACCUGCCAUUGCAACCCACAUGGCUCCUACAGUGGCACCUGUGACCCAGCCACAGGCCAGUGCUCCUGCCGACCAGGUGUGGGAGGCCUCAGGUGUGAUCGCUGUGAGCCUGGCUUCUGGAACUUCCGUGGCAUUGUCACUGAUGGUCACAGUGGUUGCACUCCCUGCAGCUGUGACCCUCGGGGUGCUGUGAGAGAUGACUGUGAGCAGAUGACUGGACUGUGUUCCUGUAGGCCUGGUGUGGCUGGUCCCAAGUGUGGGCAAUGUCCAGAUGGUCAAGCCCUGGGCCAGAUUGGCUGUGAAGCAGAUUCCACGACACCUGUGACUUGUGUGGAGAUGCACUGUGAGUUUGGUGCCUCCUGCAUAGAGGAGGCCGGGUUUGCCCACUGUGUCUGCCCAACCCUCACGUGCCCAGAGGCUAACUCUACCAAGGUCUGUGGAUCAGAUGGUGUCACAUAUGGCAAUGAGUGCCAGUUGAAAACUAUUGCCUGUCGUCAGGGUCUGGACAUCUUCACUCAGAGUCUUGGCCCGUGCCAGGAGAUCAUUGCUCCUGAAACGACCCCAGCGUCUGCAUCUAUGACUACCCCGAGGCAUGUCCUGAGCCAGGCACUGCCAUCCCCCAACAGCAGCCUUCCUCUGGCUCCCAGUAGUACCACCCGUGAUUGGCCCACCCCACUACCCACAUCACGACCUCAGACCACAGUCAGCAUCCCCAGGAGUACUCCAUGGCCUGUGCUGACUGUGCCUCCAUUAGCAUCCACCGAUGUAACCGGUCUCACCACAUCAAUCUUCAGUGAAUCUGGCAGCGCCAAUGGGAGUGGCGAUGAGGAGCUGAGCGGAGAUGAGGAGGCCAGUGGGGGCGGGUCUGGGGGACUCGAGCCCCCUGUGGGCAACAUUGUGGUGACCCAUGGGCCACCAAUUGAGAGGGCUUCCUGCUACAAUUCACCUUUGGGCUGCUGUUCAGAUGGCAAGACACCCUCACUGGACUCAGAAGGCUCCAACUGUCCUGCUACCAAGGCAUUCCAGGGAGUGCUGGAGCUUGAGGGGGUCGAGGGACAGGAGCUGUUCUACACACCUGAGAUGGCUGACCCCAAGUCAGAGUUGUUUGGGGAGACCGCAAGGAGCAUUGAAAGCACGCUGGACCACCUGUUCCGGAAUUCAGAUGUCAAGAAGGACUUCUGGAGUGUCCACCUACGGGACCUGGGGCCUGGCAAAUUAGUCCGUGCCAUUGUGGACGUUCACUUUGAUCCUACCACAGCCUUCCAGGCACCAGAUGUGGGCCAAGCCCUGCUCCGACAGAUCCAAGUAUCCAGACCAUGGGCCCUGGCAGUGAGGAGGCCUCUGCAGGAUCACCUGCGAUUCCUAGACUUUGACUGGUUUCCCACCUUCUUUACGGGAGCUGCCACGGCCAGAGCCACCACCGUGAGCCGACUGUUUGCCUCUGUUACCCCACGAGUCUACCCCAGUCACACCAGCUGGCCUGUUGGCAGAACCACAGCACCACUAACCACACGCCGACCUCCUACAGUUGCCCCCAGCACUCACCGACCUCGGACCCCAGGCCCUCAACAGCCCCCACACAAGCCCUGUGAUUCCCAACCUUGCCUCCACGGAGGCACCUGCCAGGAUUCUGGCAAGGGCUUCACCUGCAGCUGCACUGCAGGCAGGGGUGGCACUGUCUGUGAGGAGGUACAAUUCCCCUCUGUUCCUGCUUUCGAGGGCCACUCCUUCUUGGCCUUCCCCACCCUCCGGGCCUACCACACACUGCGCCUGGCACUGGAAUUCCGGGCGCUGGAGACUGAGGGACUGCUCCUCUACAACGGCAAUGCACACGGCAAGGACUUCCUGGCUCUGGCUCUGCUGGCUGGGCAUGUACAGUUCAGGUUUGACACAGGCUCAGGGCCAGGAAUAUUAACCAGCUCAGUGCCAGUGGAACCAGGACGAUGGCACCGCCUAGAAUUGUCACGGCAUUGGCGGCAGGGCACACUUUCUGUGGAUGGCGAGACUCCUGUUGUGGGCGAAAGUCCCAGUGGCACUGAUGGCCUCAACUUGGACACGUACCUCUAUGUGGGUGGUGUCCCGGAAGAACAGGCUACCAUGGUGCUUGACCGGACCUCUGUGGGCAUCGGCCUGAAAGGAUGCAUCCGUGUACUGGACAUCAACAACCAGCAGCUAGAGCUUAGCAACUGGCAGGAAGCCGCAGUCUUAAGCUCGGGUGUGGGAGAAUGUGGAGACCAUCCCUGCUUGCCUAACCCCUGCCAUGGUGGGGCUAUGUGCCAGGCACUGGAGGCUGGCAUGUUCCUCUGCCAGUGCCCACCUGACCGCUUUGGCCCAACUUGUGCAGAUGAAAAGAACCCCUGCCAGCCAAACCCGUGCCACGGGGCAGCUCCCUGUCGUGUGCUUUCCAGGGGCGGGGCCAAGUGUGAGUGCCCCCUGGGGCGCAGAGGUGCCUUCUGCCAGACGGUCCUGGAGACUGGUGCUGACUCCCGGCCCUUCCUGGCUGACUUUAGUGGCUUCUCCUACCUGGAACUAAAAGGCUUGCACACCUUCGAGAGAGACCUGGGGGAGAAGAUGGCGCUGGAGGUGGUGUUCUUGGCUCGUGGGGCCAGUGGCUUGCUCCUCUACAAUGGGCAAAAGACAGAUGGCAAGGGGGACUUUGUGUCCCUGGCCCUGCAUAACCAGUACCUGGAGUUCCGCUAUGACCUCGGCAAGGGGGCUGCGGUCAUCAGGAGCAAGGAGCCGAUAGCCCUGGGCACCUGGAUCAGGGUAUCCCUGGAACGAAAUGGCCGCAAGGGUGCGCUUCGAGUGGGUGAUGGGCCCCGUGUGCUAGGGGAGUCUCCGAAAUCCCGCAAGGUUCCUCAUACCAUGCUCAACCUCAAGGAGCCCCUCUAUGUCGGAGGAGCUCCUGACUUCAGCAAGCUGGCCCGGGGAGCUGCAGUGUCUUCUGGCUUCGAUGGAGCCAUCCAGCUGGUAUCUCUAAGUGGCCACCAGCUGCUGACUCGGGAGCAUGUAUUGCAGGCCGUGGACGUCUCCCCUUUUACAGACCACCCUUGUACCCAGGCCUCAGGCAACCCCUGCCUUAAUGGGGGUUCAUGUAUCCCGAGGGAAGCCACUUACGAAUGCCUAUGUUCUGGGGGCUUCUCUGGGCUGCACUGUGAGAAGGGGCUAGUUGAGAAGUCAGUGGGGGACCUAGAAACGCUGGCCUUUGACGGGCGGACCUACGUCGAAUACCUCAAUGCCGUGACUGAGAGCGAGCUGACCAAUGAGAUUCCACCCCCUGAAACUCUGGAUUCCGGGGCCCUUUUCAGUGAGAAGGCCCUACAGAGCAACCACUUUGAACUGAGCUUGCGCACCGAGGCCACACAGGGGCUGGUACUGUGGAGUGGCAAAGCCACAGAACGUGCGGACUAUGUGGCUCUGGCCAUUGUGGACGGAUACCUGCAGCUAAGCUAUGACUUAGGUUCCCAGCCAGUUGUGCUGCGCUCCACUGUGAAGGUCAACACCAACCGAUGGCUUCGAGUCAGGGCUCACAGGGAACAGAGGGAAGGUUCUCUUCAGGUGGGCAACGAGGCCCCUGUGACUGGCUCUUCCCCACUGGGUGCCACACAACUGGACACAGAUGGAGCCCUGUGGCUUGGAGGCCUCCAGAAGCUGCCUGUGGGACAGGCUCUCCCCAAGGCCUAUGGCACAGGUUUUGUAGGCUGUCUGCGGGACGUGGUGGUAGGCCAUCGCCAGCUACACCUACUGGAAGACGCUGUCACCAAACCAGAGCUGAGGCCCUGCCCCACUCCCUGAGCUACCAGAGCUCCCACUCUCCGUACUGUAAUUAUUUUUUUAUUUUUGUAAACUUGUUGCUUUUUUUUUAUAUGAUUUUCUUGCCUGCACGUUGGCCAGAAGGACUGCUGGCCUGGCUUCUUUUUCCGUCCAGGCAGCUGUGCUGCGGAAGCAAAAGUGGUGCUGAGGGACUCAUACGUAGACCAUGGCAACUUAGAGCCCAGGGCUUUGGAGGCAGCCUUAGGACACACUCCUCUGCCUAAGGUACCAUGUCUCGGCCCCUUGCACUGUACGUACCUACCUGUCUGUUUGUAUUGGUCUUUUGGGUCUCCUAGCCCAUUGGCAAACCCUACUCCUGUGUUAUUAAUGCUUUAUUGAAUGAGAACUGUGUCCCUGAGCAGGAAGGGCUGUUGGAGCUGAAGAGGCCCUUCAUUAGAGCAAGUACCACUGGACCGUUUGUCGGUUUCUACUUAUGCUGCUCCCCCGCAUGUGCCCAGGGCCAGCCUCAUCUCAAGCUAGCCUGGACCCCUAGUGCUCCCUGUACCAAUGCUGUGGUUUAGAAAAAUUGUAAUAUUGGGGCGUUGUUUUACUUCCACAAAUGCGUCUUGACUGGCUUUUGGUUUGCCCUACCCACCUACCCAGCUGCUCUUGGACGUAGCCAACCUUUCCUCAAAUACCAGGCCACUUAGGAGCCCCUAGGCGGGAAUGAGUCACUGUGGGACGUUGAUCUCCAUGCUUCCCUGCCUGAGCAGCCAGAUGCACCUGUCUCUCGAAGGACAUCUAAGCCAGACUUCUAACCGUAUUCUUCAAGCCUUGAUUUUACUUGGUUUCUGAUGUGGAAGUAUUGUCAUUCCUGUUUUAACUCACACCAACCAUUAAUCGGUCCAAUGUGAGGACAACCCUCAUCUGAGUGACAUUUCUGCCCAGUGUCCAGCCAAGGGCAUGUACGGGGGUAGCGGAGAUGGCUAUAGAGCCAAAAUUGCCUUAAACUGCAGCAACCAUCUGUUUCUUCACUCCCUGUCCUUAAUGUCCAGCACAAUCAUGUUGGAAGAAAGACCAGACAGAUCUGGGAUGGGGCAGCCCAACCUUUUUCCUCCUGUGGUGGUCCAAGGCUGGAGGGAGCUGCAUGGUAUCUUGUUACUAACUCCAGUAUGUGUCUGUGUCAAAUACCAUAAAAUAAAGUGUGAAAACUUUAAAA